AUUCGGAUUCCAACCGUCCGCACGAAACGCGAGUACCUCGCCGCGGUGGAUAACACCGUCGCGGGGAUACUCGCGGGGAAGAAGGCGGCGCUCGACGCCGCGAACGAAUCCAUCGGUCGCCUCGGCGCCGCGAAGCGUCUCCGCGCGCGCGUGAUGCACCUCGCGGAGGUGUUCUCGCCCCCCAGCGCGCCGCCACCGAACCGCCCGUUCCCCGGCGCGCUGCGCGAGUUCGCGGAGGCGAUGUAUCACGCGUGCCGGGGCGGGAUGUUGAGCGAGAUGCUCGGUCACGCGGACGAACGCGCCGCGGCGCGCGGGAUUUUUCUCUCCGCCGGCGUCGACGUCGCCGCGCCGAUGCUGUCGCCGCGACUGUUCAAACGCGACGGCGCGGGCGGCGCGGGCGGAUUCGUCAGCGUGCCCGCGAGCGAUCUCGCGCUGUGCGGCGACGCGGUGUUGUUCCUCGACGCCGGGGAUUGCGUCUUCGGGUGGGUCGGGAGGGAGGUGGCGAGCGACGCGGCGCGGUCGCGCGACGCGCGCGAGACGCUCGCGGCGUUCGGUAAACGGCUGACUCGCGACCGUUUCCCGAUCCCGUCGCUGAAGAUCGUCACCGAAGGGUCGUCCCAGGCGCGAUACGUCGUCUCGAGGCUCGCGCCGGGUCACGUGGACGCGGAGCACGAGCAGAACGUUUGGUUUCCGCCCAUCGCCGCGUUGGCCCCGGAGGCGCGGAAAAAGCUGAUGGCGUCGUUUCUCCCGACCGAGGAGCCGAGCUUCGCGCUGUGGAUGCGCGGGCUCGGUCUG